GGUGCCACUAGCGGCGUCAAAGUCUGUCUAAUGUCGCAAGAAUGACUGACACUGGAGAGGGCGACGACGAAUUCCAGUUUCUACGGACGGGGGAUGAGGUGGUUUUGCAGAGUACCUACACCUCCCAGGAGGAACAUGUGAAGCUCUGUCUUGCCGCAGAGGGAUUUGGUAGCAGACUUUGCAGACUUGAGUCCACCUCAAACUGCAAGAAUGUUCCACCAGAUUUGUCUGUAUGUGGCUUUGUCCUGGCCCAGUGUCUCUCUGUCCGAGCCUUGCAGGAGAUGCUGGCCCAUAGUGAGCACCUGGCUGCAGGGGUGAGGGUCUCUUAUUUCUCGUUAGCUGGAGGAAGCCGUCGCACCCUCCUUUAUGGCCAGGCAGUGUUGUUCCUACACUCAUAUAGUGGCAUGUACCUCAGCUGCUUGUCAUCAUCUCAGUCUUCAGCUGACAAGCUGGCUUUUGAUGUUGGACUGCAAGAGGAUAAAGCAGGUGAGGCAUGUUGGUGGACCGUACACCCAGCUUCUAGACAGAGGUCAGAGGGUGAGAAAGUGCGCGUUGGAGAUGACCUCAUACUGGUCAGUGUGUCCUCAGAGCGAUAUCUGCACCUGUCCUUUGGCACUGUAUUUGACAACAAAAGCUUGAGUGACAGUCUGAUUGUUAAUGCAGCCUUCCAGCAGACUCUCUGGAGUGUCGCUCCCAUCUGCUCUGGAGGUGGAGUUGCUCAAGGAUACCUGAAGGGGGGCGACACAGUGCGGCUACUCCACAGCCACAGUGACGCUUGUUUGACAAUUCCCUCCACAGAGCAGGGAGAGGAGCUGCAAAGGAUAAUGCAUUAUGAGAUUGGAUCUGUCUCUAGCCAUGCCCGCUCUCUCUGGAGGCUUGAGAUUCUGCAUGUUGUUUGGAGUGGUAGGCAUACUUGCUGGGGUCAGCCUUUCAGACUGCGCCAUGUGACUACUGGGAGGUACUUGGGACUUACAGAGGAGAAAGGCCUGCAUCUAGUUGAUCGGGACAAGGCAGACAUCAACACAACCUCCUUCUGUUUCCGAUCCUCGAAGGAGAAGCAUGAAACUGGCACAAAGACUAUUGUCGAUGGCAUGGGGAUCCCAGAGAUCAAGUAUGGAGAUUCCAUUUGUUAUAUCCAGCAUGUCAACUCUGGGCUCUGGCUCACCUACCAAGCCACUGAUGCCAAGUCUUCCCGCAUGGGAAGUUCUCAGCGGAAGGCCAUUUUGCAUAGUGAGGGUCACAUGGACGAUGGCCUGACGCUGUCUCGAUCUCAGAGGGAAGAAUCUCACACUGCCAGACUCAUACGGAGUGCUGUUCUUCUCUUCACUCAGUUUAUCAGGAAACUGGAUGGUUUUGGCCAGCAAGGAAACCUACCCUCUGUCAGCCUGCCGACGGAGAUUGUAACAUGCAGUCUGCAGGAUCUAAUAAAGUAUUUCCAGCCUCCGCUGGAGGGGCUAGGCCAUGAAGCUAAACAGAACAGCAUGACAUCUCUAAAGAAUCGGCAGAACAUGUUUCAAGAAGAGGGUGUGAUAGAUUUGGUCCUCGAUUGUAUUGACCAUCUACACCAAUAUAGUAAUGCUUCUCAUUUUGCUGAAGCUGCUCAGAGUGAGACAGGAGAAGAGUGGGAGACCAUACUCAACAGUUUCUAUGAGCUACUAGCUGCUCUGAUCCGGGGAAACCGCGUAAACUGUGCACAUUUCUCAGGUUCUCUAGACUGGCUGAUCAGCAGAUUAGACCGGCUGGAGGCCUCCUCUGGAGUCUUGGAGGUCCUGCACUGUAUCCUAGUGGAAAGCCCUGAAGCACUCAAUGCCAUUAAAGAAGGACACAUUCAUUCUAUCAUCUCUUUUCUAGACAAGCAUGGAUGCAACCACAAGGUGCUGGAGGUGCUGUGCUCGCUGUGUGUGUGCAAUGGUGUGGCAGUGCGGUCCAAUCAGAACCACAUCUGUGACAACCUGCUGCCUGACAGAGACUUGCUGCUUCAAACACGUCUGGUUAAUCAGGUCACCAGCAUGAGACCAAACAUCUUCCUAGCAAUGGGGGAAGAUACAGCCCAGCAUCGCAGGUGGUACUACGAGCUGGUUGUGGAUCAUGUCGACCCCUUCCUCACAUCUGAGCCCACCCACCUGCGUGUUGGCUGGGCUUCCACUGAGAGUUACCAUCCCAGGCCCACAGGAGGAGAAGGCUGGGGGAGCAAUGGGGUGGGAGACGACCUCUGCUCCUACGGAUUUGAUGGGCUUCACCUCUGGUCAGGCUGUGUGGGCCGCAGAGUGAGCUCUCCCUUCCCUCACCUGCUGAGAAAUGACGAUGUGGUCAGCUGCUGUCUCGACCUCAGUGAUCCCUGCAUAUCUUUCCGUGUCAACGGUCUUCCUGUGCAGGGCAUGUUUGAGAACUUCGGUGCUGAUGGACUUCUUUAUCCUGUGGUCAGCUUCUCAGCUGGAGUCAAGGUUCGUUUUAUGUUUGGGGGAAGACAUGGUGAGUUUCGCUUCCUGCCACCGCCAGGUUUUGCUCCAUGCUCUGAGGCACUGCUCCCCAAAGUCAAGCUAAAUGUAGACCCAUGUCAGAAAUUCAUCUUGGAUCAUGGAGAUGGGAAACAAGAACUCAUCGGCCCCAUAGUACCUGUUACUCCAGUUACCUUCACUCCCACACCAGUAGACAUUAGCAAGGUAGUAUUACCCUCACAACUUGAAGACAUUCGAGAUAAAAUGGCUGAGAACAUUCAUGAACUCUGGGUAAUGGACAAGAUUGAUCUUGGAUGGACACAUGGACCUGUGAGAGAUGAGGGUAAGAGGCAUGAUCCUUGUCUGGUGGAGUUCUCCAAGCUGCCAGAGCAGGAGAGGAACCAGAACCUUCAGGUGGCUCAGGACACCCUCAGGACUCUCCUUGCUCUUAGUUUCCACAUUGGUUUGACUGAUGACCAUGCUGCGGAGAGAGUCAAGUAUAUGAGACUAGCCACCAAGUAUGAGCAGCCCAGUGGUUAUAGACCUGCCCCAGUAGACUUGAGCCAGGUUUUUCUGAGCCCCGUCCAUCAGGAAGUGGUUAACUUGUUGGCAGAGAAUGAUCACAAUGUAUGGGCCAGAGAGCGUAUCAAACAGGGAUGGACCUAUGGAGCCCAACAGGAUGUGAAAGCGAAGCGGAGCCCGUACCUUGUGCCUUACAGCCUUCUUGAUGAAAGGAGUAGGAGAGUGGGCAUAGAGAGUGUCAGAGAGAUUGUUUGUACCCUGCUGGCUUAUGGUUACAGCCUGGAGCCUCUCAACCAGGAACAGACCACAUUAUCAAAGACAUGUCUCUUCUCUGCUGAGAUGUGCAGAGUGUUCAGGCCAGAUAAAUCAUAUGCUGUGACCCGGGGGAAGUGGUAUUUUGAAUAUGAAAUACUGACAGCAGGGAGUAUGAGAGUGGGCUGGGCCAGACCAGGCUGUACCCCUGAUAAAGAGCUCGGCUCAGAUGACCAGGCUUAUGUCUUCGAUGGAUCUGAGGCUCAGUGGUACCAUCAGGGCGGUGAACCCCUGGGACGUCCGUGGCAGAGAGGCGAUGUGGUGGGCUGCUUGGUGGACAUGGCUGAACACACCAUGGUGGUCACGCUCAAUGGAGAGGUGCUGUUUAAUGACAGAGGAUCAGAGCUGGCUGCCAAGGACUUUGAUAUCGGAGACGGCCUAUUGCCUGUGGUCAGUGUUGGGGUGAACCAGGUGGGGAGGCUGAACCUGGGCCGCAAGCUGGGCUCUCUGCAGUACUUCGGUGUGUGUGGCCUGCAGGAGGGCUAUGAGCCAUUUGCUGUCAACAUGGCCAGAGAUCCAGCCCUGUGGAUGAGUUGGAAUCAGCCUCAGUUUACUUCCAUCUUACCUGAUGAUCACAACUUACAAGUUACGAAAACCAGUGGCUCAACGGAUUCCUUAUCCAGCCUGAGGGUCUCUCAGCGGCUGUUUGCACACCACAGUGGAGGAAGUGAGAUAGGCUUUUACCGGCUCAGCAUGUCUGUUGAAUGUGCUGCUAUCCUCACUAGCCCUGCAGGGGGUGUGCUUCCUGUGGCCUCCAACACUCUCUCUCCAGGAAGGAAAGAGCAGGAGGAGGUGGACUCUGACUUUGAAGUGCUGAUGAAGUCAGCCCACAGCUUUGCUGGCUCAAGAGAUGAGCUCAACCAUAAGGAUCACAGCCAAGACAAGACAUCAAGAUUGAAACAGCGGUUCAUGCUGAAGAGGACUAAACCAGGCCUAGUCAGCAGCAACUCAUCUGCUCGGCUUCUCGAGGAUGUUGUAGUUGACAAAGAUAACCAUGAUCACCUGAUCCAGAGCUCCAGAUAUUACUACUCAGUGAGGGUUCUUCCAGGCCAGGAGCCGUUUAAUGUGUGGGUAGGCUGGGUGACCCCUGACUUUCAUCAGUAUGACAUGACAUUUGACGCUGACUAUGUCCACACUGUGACUGUCACCCUCGGAGACGACAGUGGCAAAGUCCAGGAAAGUGUGAAGCGGUGUAACUGUUACAUGGUGUGUGCUGGAGAAGCAACAGGCCUGUCUCAGAGUCGAAGAAGUGCAGGGUUGGAAAUUGGCUGCUUGAUUGACACAGCCACUGGGCUGCUUACCUUUACCUCCAGUGGAGUGGAAAUGGCUACCUUCUAUCAAGUGGAAGCCAGUACAAAGCUGUUUCCUGCUGUUUUUGUCAAGCCCACUACCAGCCACAUGUUUCAGUUUGAACUGGGACGCGUUAAGAAUGUGAUGCCGCUAUCAGCAGGUUUGCUCCGCAGCCAAAGAAGAAAUGCCACCCCUCAGUGUCCUCCAAGGUUUCAAGUGCAACAUCUCAGCCUGCUUUCAUGGACCAGAGUACCAGACAAUGCACUAAAGGUGUUGGUAGAUCGGCCAGACGAGCGCCACGGCUGGAGAAUCCAGUGCUCUGAGCCCCUGCAAGUCAUGACCCUUCAGAUCCCUGAUGAAAACAGGUCUGUUGACAUUUUGGAGCUCUCUGAACUUGAUGACCUCUUGACCUUUCACCGGCACACCCUCCUCCUCUACUGCUCUUUAUGCACCCUUGGAAACACCAGAGUUUGCCAUGCCCUCUGCAGUCACGUGGACCAGUCCCAGGUCCUUCAUGCAAUUCAGAGUCCUCACCUCCCUGGCCCACUCCGCUCUGCAUUUUACCAGCUACUUAUUCAGGUUCACCUCAGUAGCCACACCACAGCAUGUCUCAUGAUGAGCCAUGAAUACAUUGUGCCUAUGACAGAUCAGACGAGAGAAAUCACCCUUUACCCCAGCCCUGCUAAUGUCCUUAAUAGGGGAAGUCGGCAAACUCCAGAAGACAUUCCGAGCAUUAGUCUUAGCACAUCCCUUAAACCACGGAUGCACUUCUCAUCUCCUUGUUUUGUCAGGAGUGAUGGGAUAGAAGCAGAUGGUGACCUUGAAAUAGCCUGCAGAGACAGCCCAGAAAUCCCUUUGGAGAUACUGAAGCAUCUCACUGUCGAGAUGCUCACUGCAGGGGUAUGUACUGUGGGUCAGGGCGUGAGGGAUCCUGUAGGAGGCAGCAUUGAGCUUCUGCUGGUUCCCCUAAUUAGACUGUUCUAUACCCUGCUGGUGAUGGGGGUAUUUGGGGAUGACGAUCUGGGUAAAGUUCUGAGACUGCUGGAGCCGAGAGUCUUCUCCAUAGAUGGUGAAACGCCUGAGGAGAAAGAAGAAGAAGAGGCGAGUGAUGAUGAUGAAAAGGAGUGGAGAGGGGGCAACAAAAAGGAAAAUGACACACCUAGACAAGGACUUCUUCAAAUGAAGCUUCCAGAAGCUGUCAAACUUGAGCUCUGCCAUUUGCUGUCCUACCUCUGUGACAGCCAGGUGCGCCACAGGGUAGAAGCUGUGGUUGCCUUCUCUGACAACUUUGUGGGUCAGCUGCAGGAGAACCAGCGUUUUCGCUACAACCAGGUCAUGCAGGCACUCAACAUGUCUGCCGCCCUAACUGCCCGCAAGACCAAGGAGUUCCGCUCACCUCCACAGGAACAGACCAACAUGUUGCUGAGCUUCAGAGACAGUGAGCAGCAGGAAAACUGUCCAUGUCCACUGGAAAUCCAACAGCUACUGCAAGAAUUCCAUCACCUCCUCAGCACCCACUGUGGCAUUGAAUUGGACAAUGACUCAGAGGAUAAAGAGGAUGGUGAGAUGUCUGUAAAAGAUCGACUUCUGAGUCUAGUGAUGAGAGUUUCUGGGCUGAAGAAGAAAGCCAUAGAAAUAGAGGAGUGUAGAUCACAGAGUUCCAAGUCCCUCAAAGAGCUGAUCUCUGAGACGAUGGUGUGCUGGGCCCAAGAGACUGAAAUGGAGGACCCUGAACUGGUCAGAGCUGUUUUCUCAUUGCUACAUCGCCAGUAUCAGGGCCUUGGGGGCCAAAUGGCAGGACCGCUCUGCAGAGCCUAUACCAUCAGCCAUGCUUCAGUGGAGGACACCAUGACUCUCUUGUCUUCCCUGGGCCAAAUCCGUUCUCUCCUCAGUGUCCGCAUGGGGAAAGAAGAGGAGAGGCUGAUGAUCAGAAGACUUGGAGACAUCAUGAAUAAUAAAGUUUUCUACCAACACCCCAACCUAAUGAGGGCACUGGGGAUGCAUGAGACCGUGAUGGAGGUGAUGGUCAAUGUUCUCGGAGAAGGGGAAUCAAAGGAAAUUACUUUUCCCAAGAUGGUAGCCAGCUGCUGUCGAUUCCUGUGUUAUUUUUGCCGUAUCAGCCGUCACAAUCAGGGAGCCCUAUUUGACCAUCUCAGCUACCUGCUGGAAAACAGCAGUGUUGGACUAGCUUCACCGUCCAUGCGUGGAGCCACUCCUCUAGAUGUGGCAGCUGCCUCUGUAAUGGAUAAUAACGAACUGGCCUUAGCACUGAAGGAACCCGACCUAGAGAAGGUGGUGCAGUACCUCGCUGGCUGUGGUCUCCAGAGCUGUCCUAUGCUAGUGGCGAAAGGCUAUCCUGAUCUUGGAUGGAACCCUGUUGAAGGCGAACGUUACCUGGAUUUUCUACGUUUUGCUGUCUUCUGCAAUGGUGAGAGUGUAGAGGAAAAUGCGUAUGUGGUUGUGAGGUUGCUGAUUCGUCGGCCUGAGUGUUUUGGCCCUGCCCUGCGAGGUGAUGGGGGAAAUGGUCUCCUAGCAGCCAUGGAGGAAGCCAUCAGGAUCUCUGAGGACCCCUCUAUGGAUGGACCUUGCACCACUCACCAGUCCAGCAGAACACUAGAUGUCCAGGACCACGAUGAUGACCUCAUUCACAUGGGACACGCCAUCAUGACAUUCUACUCAGCCCUUAUUGACUUGCUGGGGCGCUGUGCUCCGGAGAUGCAUUUAAUUCAAGGAGGCAAAGGAGAAGCCAUCCGCAUCCGGGCCAUUCUGAGGUCGCUCAUCCCCAUACAGGACCUUGAGGGAGUCAUCAGCAUCUCCUUUCAAGUCCCCUCAGUGUCUAAAGAUGGUCUGGUGGUUGAGCCUGACCUUUCUACAGUGUUCUGCCCAGACCACAAGGCUGCUAUGGUUCUCUUCCUGGACCGAGUUUAUGGCAUCGAGAACCGGAGUUUUUUUCUCCACCUUCUAGAAGUUGGUUUUCUGCCUGACCUUCAGGCAGCUGUCUCGCUUGACACUGUUGAUUUAGGAUCCACUGAUAUGGCCCUGGCCCUCAACAGAUACUUGUGUACAGCUGUGCUUCCCCUUCUCACCAAAUGUUCAGCUCUCUUCUGUGGAUUAGAGGACCAUACCUUGCUGGUUGAUUCUGUCAUCCAGGCAGUCUACAGCCUCUCCAGAGCUCAUAGCUUGACCAAGGCUCAGAAGGACACUAUAGAGGAUUGUUUGUUGGUUGUGUGCAGUAAACUCCAGCCAUCUAUGAUGCAGCCCCUUCUUCGCCGUCUUGUCUUUGAUGUUCCCCAUCUCACGGACAACAGCAAGAUGCCACUAAAGCUCUUGACCAAUCACUACGAGCAGAGGUGGAAGUACUACUUCCUAACUGGUGGGCAGGGUGACCAGAGUUUGGCCUCCGAAGAGGAGCUCCACCUGUCUAGAAAAUUGUUCUGGGGAGUGUUUAAGGCCUUGGCAAAGAAGCCUUAUGAGCCUCAGCUAUUUAGGCUGUGCGUCCAAUGCCUGGCUGCAGUGGCUAAGGCCGUGCCUCCUGACCACAUGGACUCAAGCUGUGCUUCUCAGAUGGAGAAAAAAACCUCCAUGGACGCAGAUGAACACUUUGACCCCCAGCCUGUAGAUACCUCCAACGUGUCAGUGCCAGAGAGACUGGAGUUCGUCGUGAACAAGUACUCAGAGCAUACUCACGAGAAGUGGUCACUGGACAAGUUUGCCAAUGGCUGGGUUCACGGGGAGCAGCUAUGUGAGAACACCAAGGUUCACCCUCUCCUCAAGCCGUACAGGACCCUGGCAGAGAAGGAGAAGGAAGCAUACCGCAGGGCCAUGAAAGAGACGAUAAAGAGUAUGCUGGUGUUUGGAUGGACCAUAGAGAGGACUAAAGAAGGAGAUGCAUUUGGCAUACAUACCCGUACACGCAGAGUCUCUCAGUCUGGACAGCUGUCUUUUGAAGGAGCAUCAACCUUUAGCCCCAAACCAAUGGACAUGAGCAGCAUCACCUUAUCGUGGGAGCAGUGUGCUAUGGCUGAACAGUUAGCUGAAAACUAUCACAAUGCCUGGGCCAAGAGGAAGAAAUCAGAGCUUGAGAGUAAAGGAGGGGGUGGCCAUUCAAUGCUUGUACCCUAUGAUACCCUAACUGCCAAGGAGAAGACCAAAUUCAGAGAAAGAGCCCAGGACGUCCUUAAGUUCCUUCAGCUCAAUGGCUACACUGUGUGGAGGGAUCGGAAGACAGUGGAGAUGGACUUUCCAGCCACAGCCAACGGCUUUAGCUACACUCUCCUUCAGCGGCUCCUGUCUCACACUGAGGAGGCCCAAGAGCACAUGCUGGAGCUGGCCAGAGGACAGAUUUCUAAAGGAGAGAGAGUUCCACACCGGCCAAUACAUUUUUUUCCCAAGGUCAUUCUUCCUCUUUUGGAGCAAUAUGUGAAAAGCCACCGCCUGUAUUUCCUGUCCACUUCUCUGUGCUCAAGUGGUAACAGAAGCCAUGCUUCAAAAAAAGAAAAGGAGAUGAUUGCAUGCCUCUUUUGUAAGGUUGCAACUCUAGUAAGACACAGAAUCUCACUCUUUGGUAAGGACGCCCUGUCAGUUGCAAGCUGCCUUCAUGUUUUGGCUCAGGCUCUGGAUGCCAGGACGUUGAUAAAGUCAGCCCCAGAGUCUAUCCAAGCAUCUCUACACUCAUUCUUUGAAGCAGCUGCAGCUGAUCUGGAGAUGACUGUGGAAAACCUUUCUGUGACCUUGGUCUCUUUGCCUCAGAGCAGGAGUCAGCAAGUUAGAGGAGUAACCAAGGUUCUCAGCUACACAACCUCCAUUCUUCUCCCCACCCUCACUUCCCUCUUCCAGCAUCUUGGCAACCAGAACUUUGGAGCGGACCUCCUGGUGGGCGGUAUCCAAGUGUCCUGUUACAGGAUCCUCAACAGCCUCUACUCUCUUGGCAACAGUAGCAGCAUCUACAUGGAGGGGCAGAGGCCAGCAGCAGGUGCUUGUCUGGCAGCCCUGGCUGGUGCUUUUCCUGUAUGUUUCCUGGAGCCAAAUCUCAACCAAAACAACUCUUACUCCAUUUACAACACCCUGAGUGCUGCUGAGAGAGAAGACCUGGGGCUGCCAGAUCAGGUGGAGGACAUCUGUCCCCUCCUUCCUUCCCUGGAACAGGCUUUGGGGGAAGUGGAGGAGUUGGCAGCUGCUGGUGCCGGAGCUCGCCAGGCCCACUACGUCCAUGUCACGGAGGUCAUCUUGCCCGUGCUGUGCAGCUACAUGUCCUGUUGGUGGCACUGGGGCCCUGAGGGCGAGGCAGCCAGCCCAGUCUGCACCUCUGUCAUUCCUCAGCAUGCUAGUGACCUACUUGGCCACAUCCUCUGUAUCAUACACAACCAUGUGGGCACUAGCCAGGGUGACUGGAUGAAACGGCUGGCAGUUUUUUCUCAGCCAAUUAUAUUUAAAGCCCACGCUGAGCUGCUAAAGAGCCACUUCCUGCCACUGAUGGAAAAGUUGAGGAAGAGGGCAGAAUGUGUGCUGCUGGAGGAGGAACAGAUGAAAGCAGAAGGGUGCUGUGCCUCUGAAGCAGAGUUGCAGAUACAGGAGAAGUUCACGGUGCUGGUGCGAGACCUCUAUGCCUUCUACCCCCUCCUCAUCCCGUUUGUGGAUUCUAAUCGAGCCAGCUGGUUGAAAGAGUCGAACCCUGAGGCUGAGCAGCUGUUCAGCAUGGUGGCAGAGGUCUUUAUAUUCUGGGCCAAAUCUCACAAUUUCAAAUGGGAGGAACAAAACUAUGUGGUCCAAAAUGAAAUCGACAACUUGGCUUUCUUGGUCAACGACAAAGUAUCCAAGUCUCUAAAAAAUGCAGUUUAUCUUCAUUUCCAGUUUGGCCAUGAGAGGAGGAAGAUGAAGAGGAAGGGGGAUCGGUAUUCCGCGCACACCUCUCUCAUUGUGGCUUCCAUGAAGAGGCUUCUCCCUGUGGGACUGAGGAUUUGUUUUCCAAAUGACCAGAGCCUUAUCAUGUUGGCUAAGAGCAGCUUCACUCAGAAGAACACGGAAGAUGAGAUUCGAGAGCAUGUUUUCCAUGGCCUCAUGCAUCUUCAGAGCCAGCAGGGAUACCUGAGCCAGCUAGGGGACAUCACUGAUGCCCAAAGGACUGUAGACAGGAUUGUGGGAAUAGCUCGAGUCCUUUAUUACUUGGACCAGGUGGAACACCCACAGAGAAGUAAAAAACCAGCGUGGCACAAGGUCCUAUCUAAACAGAGGAAACGAGCAGUCGUGGCCUGCCUAAGGAUGGCUCCCCUCUACAACCUACCCAGACACAGAGCUGUCAACCUGUUCCUCCAAGGCUACAAUAAAUCCUGGAUAUCAACUGAGGACCAGAGCUUUGAGGAGAAGCUCGUGGAGGAUUUAGCAGUGAGUGGAAAAGGAGGCCGGGAAGAAAAGGAUGUGGAAGAAGGUGCCAAACCAAUCGAUCCUCUCCUACAACUCAUUACACUCUUCAGUCGAAGCGCCCUGACAGAAAGGAGUAAGCUUGGAAAUGACAGUCUCUAUAAGUCCUAUGCUGCUAUUAUGGCUAAGAGUUGCCAUAGAGAGGCUGAUGACACUGAAGAACAGGAGGUGGAAAGCUUUGAAGAGAAGGAGAUGGAGAAACAGAAGUUGCUCUACCAGCAGGCCAGGCUGCACCUUCGUGGAGCUUCUGAGAUGGUCCUGCAAAUUAUCAGUGCCAGCAAAGGGGCCAUGAGCUCUAUGAUUGCUCCUACACUGAAGCUGGGCAUUGCUGUUCUCAACGGAGGGAAUGCCCCUGUUCAACAGAAAAUGCUGGAUUAUCUGAGACAGAAGCGAGAUGUUGGCUUCUUUCAGAGCAUGGCUGGACUCAUGCGGUCAUGUAGUGUUCUGGAUCUGAAUGCAUUUGAGAGGCAGAACAAAGCAGAAGGAUUAGGCAUGGCCAUGGAUGAGAGCUCAGGAGAGAAAGUGAUGCCUGACAAAGACCUAACCUCUGACCUGUUCCGGUUUCUACAACUGCUCUGUGAAGGACACAACUCAGAUUUCCAGAAUUACUUGAGAACGCAAUCCGGCAACAACACUACUGUGAACAUCAUAAUAUCCACUGUGGACUAUUUACUAAGAGUACAGGAAUCAAUCAGUGACUUCUACUGGUACUACUCAGGAAAGGAUGUGAUUGAUAUACAUGGCCAACACAACUUCUCCAAGGCCAUCGAAGUGGCCAAACAAGUCUUCAACACACUCACAGAGUACAUACAGGGCCCAUGUACUGGGAACCAGCAGAGUCUAGCUCACAGUCGUCUGUGGGACGCUGUAGUGGGAUUCCUCCAUGUCUUUGCCCACAUGCAAAUGAAGCUGUCUCAGGAUUCAAGGCAAAUCGAGCUUCUGAAAGAGCUGAUGGAUUUACAAAAGGACAUGGUUGUGUUUUUGCUUUCCAUGUUAGAAGGUAAUGUUGUCAAUGGAACUAUUGGAAAGCAGAUGGUGGAUAUGUUGGUGGAAUCAUCAGGCAAUGUGGAGAUGAUCCUCAGAUUCUUUGACAUGUUCCUCAAACUUAAAGACCUCACCUCCUCAGAUGCCUUCAAAGAGUAUGACCCUGAUCGUAAGGGCUGCAUAUCCAGGAAAGACUUUCAGAAAGCCAUGGAAAAUUGUAAGCGUUUCUCCCAAGCUGAGACUGCUUUCCUCCUCUCCUGUGCGGAGACUGACAAAAGCGAAAUUGUGGAUUAUGAGGCCUUUGUGGAUCGCUUCCAUGAUCCGGCCAAAGACAUCGGCUUCAGCAUCGCUGUUCUCCUCACCAAUUUGUCCGAACACAUGCCCAACGAUUCUAGAUUAAGGACGUUCUUGGAACUGGCAGAGUGUGUCUUGACUUACUUCCAGCCGUAUCUAGGAUGCAUUGAGAUCCUUGGCAGUGGGAAGCGCAUUGAACGUGUCUACUUUGAGAUCAGUGAAUCGAGCCGCACACAAUGGGAGAAGCCACAGGUCAAGGAGUCCAAGAGGCAGUUCAUUUUUGACGUGGUCAAUGAAGGCGGAGAGAAGGAGAAAAUGGAGAUGUUUGUCAAUUUCUGCGAGGACACCAUCUUUGAGAUGCAGCUUGCAGCCCAGAUAUCUGACCCUGACACUGGAGAGAGGUAUGCUGGAAAAGAUGUAGAUGAAAAGGGCAGGAGUGAAGAGGAAGGCCUGGAUAAGAAAGGGAUGUUUUUCAUGUAUCAUUGGUGGCUUCUGCUGACGUCUCUAUUUUCUGUGAAAGCCCUGAAGAAAUUGAUGAGGAUGACUCUGAAGGAUAUCCUCAUGUCUGCUGUUUUCUUCCUAAGGUUUAUUUUUAUGGCUCAGGUCCGGUGCAUUUCUAUUGUAAUUCACGGCAUCAUGUAUGUUCUGUACAUAGCCUUUGUCAGUGGGGGGCUCAUAGAGGGAGCCAAAAGGAUUAGGAUAUCAGACUUGCUCGGUGGUAUCCUUGAGCCAACUCUUGAUGAGGUCAUGGAGGUGCCAAGCGGUGUGGAUCGGCUGCGGAAGUACUCAGCCAGUUUCUCUUCCCAGAGAGAAUUGAGGGAGAUCGGGCAGGUGGCAGCUGUGACCUCCCCCAGGGAGGUGGAUGUAUUGUCAGACAUAUUCGGCCUCAAAGUGAAGAAGGAGGGGGGUCAAUACAGACUUAUGACACAAGACGUCACUGCCAGUCUGACUGACUUGUUCAACACAACCUCCAGAACAACUGCCACUGCUGAUUUUUCUGAAAAGCAUCAGAGGACGCAGUUUAAAGCCCACACUGUCACAGAGGAAAAAGCAGAGGAUGAGAAAAUGCCUAAAUUAGCAAACACAACAAGGAAGGAAUCUGAGAAGAAAACUGGGAAGGAGAAAGCAGAUGCAGGAUGGAGAGCCAAGAGAUGCUCUAAUAAGUCAGAGGAACCAGAGAGCCAACAUUCUGCCCUCUGGGAGACGAUAAGCACUUGCAACAAGAGUCUACUGAACUACUUUGCAAGAAAUUUUUAUAAUAUGCGCUUGCUGGCUCUCUUUGUGGCCUUUGCUAUCAACUUCAUCCUGCUCUUCUAUAAGGUAGCUACCUUGCCUGCAUCACAAGAAGAGGAAGGAGUGAUCACAUCUGUUUACAGCAAAGCCGUGGACUCUGCUGCACAAGACGACAAGGGCAGAGUUUAUUUUGUGCUAGAGGAGAGUAGUGGAUACAUGGAGCCAUCUCUGCGCUUCCUUGCUGUAGCACACACAAUCAUCUCCUUCUGUUGUAUAAUUGGUUAUUAUUGCCUCAAGGUACCAUUGAUGAUCUUCAAACGUGAAAAGGAAGUGGCACGAAGGCUGGAGUUUGAUGGGCUGUACGUGACAGAGCAGCCUCCCGAGGAGGACAUCAAAGGGCAAUGGGACCGACUGGUCAUUAACACGCCAUCAUUUCCAAGUAAUUACUGGGAUAAAUUUGUGAAAAGAAAGGUGAUGGAUAAGUAUGGCGAGUUUUAUGGCCGUGAGAAGAUCAGUGAACUCCUAGGUCUGGACCAAGCUGCUUUAGACUUCAGCUCUGAGAGAAAAGAAAGGAAGUGGCUCAAGAGAGACACUGCCUGGGGUGCUCUAUUUAACUCCAUUGACAUGAAGUACCAGGUCUGGAAAUUAGGAGUUGUGUUCACUGACAAUUCCUUCUUGUACUUGGCUUGGUACAUGACCAUGUCGGUUCUGGGUCAUUAUAACAACUUCUUCUUUGCUGCCCACCUUUUGGACAUCGCCAUGGGCUUUAAGACACUUCGUACCAUCCUUUCCUCUGUCACACACAAUGGGAAACAGUUGGUCCUGACUGUUGGCCUGUUGGCAGUUGUGGUGUAUCUCUACACUGUUGUGGCCUUCAACUUCUUCAGAAAGUUUUACAACAAAAGUGACGACAAGGACACCCAAGACAUGAAGUGCAAUGACAUGCUCACUUGCUACAUGUUCCACAUGUAUGUGGGGGUGCGUGCGGGUGGGGGCAUUGGUGAUGAGAUUGAGGACCCUGCUGGAGAUGAGUUUGAGGUGGAGCGCAUCGUCUUUGACAUCACGUUUUUCUUCUUCGUCAUCAUCAUCCUCUUGGCCAUCAUCCAGGGCUUGAUAAUUGAUGCCUUUGGGGAGCUUCGUGACCAGCAGGAACAGGUGAAAGAGGAUAUGGAGACCAAGUGUUUUAUAUGUGGAAUAGGAAGUGAAUACUUUGAUACAGUCCCUCAUGGCUUUGAGACUCACACUCUACAGGAGCACAACCUGGCCAACUACCUAUUUUUUCUGAUGUACCUUAUUAACAAGGAUGAGACUGAACACACGGGGCAGGAAUCCUAUGUGUGGAAAAUGUACCAGGAACGUUGCUGGGAAUUCUUUCCUGUGGGAGACUGUUUCCGUAAGCAGUAUGAGGAUCAGCUGGGAUGA